GGAUUAUCAGGGAGGCCAUGUUGGAUUUAGAGAGUCAUCUGAUUUUUUAACCUAAACCCACAGUGAUGGACCCCCUGGACAGAGCUCAAGUACUCCUCCUCUGUGACCAGUGUCAAAAAGCUGCAUUACAGAGUCAUUGUGAACUUUGUCAGAUUAACCUGUGUAAGGCCUGUGUAGGGGAGCAUCUAUCUGAUUCAUCUAAAAGACACAAUGUUGUACCAUACAAACACAGAACCGCUAUUCCUAACGUAAACUACCCAAAAUGUCCAAACCACACCCAGAAACACUGUGAACUUUACUGUGAGAAAUGUGACAUUCCUGUCUGUUCUACCUGCAUCUCCUCUGGGAAACAUCAUGGGCAUAAAUUAACAAAUGUCUUACAGAAUCCCAGCUUUAUAAAAGAAAUUUUAAACAACGAUUUGAAAGAACUAGAAAAAAGAAUAUGUCCUACAUAUGAAGAAAUUGCAUUAGAUUUAAACUCUGAAAUAAUCAAUUUGGAAAAAAAUUAUGAGAAACUGACAACAGCUGUCACCAAACAAGGAGAAGACUGGCACAGAGAAAUUAACAUCAUUGUCAACAAACGAAAAUCUGAAAUUGAUGAGAUGAAAUCUAAACACCUGGCUGCUCUAAAUAAAGAGGAAAAUGAAAUCAAACAGAUUACUUCUGAUGUUACACAGAGCAUUUUUGAUCUGAAGAAAAUAUUAGAUUCCAAUGACGUCUCCUUAGCCUCUGCCUAUAAAUCAAAGAAUGCUGAGUUCAAAAGUUUACCUCCUAAAGUCAAUGUUUUAUUACCAAGUUUCUCUCCUCAUCAGAUAAACACAGAACUGCUCCAUCAAAUGUUUGGUUCUCUGUCAUCAUUAUCCAAUACAAUAGUGUAUCACUAUCUGGAAGUACAUUACACACUUGGAUAA